AUGGAACGAAAUCUUGACAAGAAAGCUGCCAAACAAAGCACAACUUAUCUCAGCGACAAAUCCAUUGAGAAAUAGAAAGCAGGCUGCCACUGAAGUCGGAGAAAUCGUCGAUGACCUUGUCGGACAGAACAAAGAGACAGACAUCAAAAGAUUUAUCGAAGAGUUCUCACUGAUGACCAACGAAGAGAUGCCCCAGAGAAGGAGAACUGGCCUGUACGGAAUCAGCGCUAUUGCUGUUGCUUUGUAUCAGAAAGGCACUUCCGAGUAUUUGUCGCUGCUUCUGAACCCGGUGAUGAGCAAGUUCAGCGACAGAGAGCCCAAAGUACAGCUGGCUGCAUGAGAUGCCAUGUUUAACAUUUUGAUGGUUUGCAAAGAAGACAUCAUUUUUGACAAGUCGUUUCCAAUUACCUUUGACAGGAUCGUGUCCAUUGUGUCAUAUCCGAACAACGAUGUCAAAGACUGGGGCAGGAAACUCGUCGAGCAGCUCGAAGACAUCGUGUAUGGAGCAUUGGUCAAGAACAAUAUUUUCGAUCUGGAUUCGCUGCUCGACACCAUUUACACGAAGCUGUCAAAGUCUAAAAACCAAGACAUUUCGCUGGUGCUGAUCAGGUGGAUUGAGACGCUUAGCUCAAUGACCAAUGUCGACAUUCUGAAGUGUCUACCGAGGUUUCUGGAGCGGUUCUUUGAAAUCAUGAGCACCAACGCCAAACAUGAUGUGUAUGACUUAACUUACAACCAGCUGAACGUGUUCUUGAAAGACUACCAGGAGUGCCAGAGCAGAUCAGUCGAACUAGACAUUCAGAUUCUGCGCAAAGCCUUGAAGUUCUUACUAAAGAAGAAGAGUCUCGACAUCGACCAGAGUAGGUAUUUAGCUAUUAUCUGGUUGGAAGAGUUCUUGAAGUUUUUCAACGAAGAUCUUGUAAAAGAGGUCGCCUUUGAAGAUCUGAAAGAUGAUAAAGUGGAGUUUUAUGAGUCUGACGACUCUCUGCCACAAUUUGGAAAUUUUGAAGAAGAAAAAGGAGGGCCUGAAGAAGAUAAGGAAGAAUCAAAGGAUAUGGAAGCAGAGAGAGCACAAAUGAGAGAAGAACUAGGAUCACGACUAUUCCCAGAAAUGCUGAAUUGUGUUCUAUACUACAUCAAUACAGGAAAUACAGAGGUUGUGGCAAUUCUUGGAAGAAUCAACACUCUUCUUCAAAAACUAGUGAUAGUAAUAAAUUUAAAGAUUACAUCACCUAAAACAAACAAAAAUGAACUUGAUCCUAUUCUUGUAUGAUUGCGAAAAAAUUUUAUUAAAGGAAAAGUAAAGACAAAGGAAAUUUGUAUUGGUUGGUUCACUGAAUUAUUCAAGCACUACUCUGAUACCCUUCUCAACAAGGAAGAUGAAAUUCUUGAAAAUAUCAUUCAAAGUAUCAACUUUAAGGAGUCUAAAUUGACGGAAAGUGUUCUUCAGCUUUUGUGUCUUAUGUCAAGCAAGAACCAGCAAUUUCUCAAAGAAAUUGUCGAAAUGCUAUUGAAAAGGUUUAAUAAUGAAAAAGACAUCGAAAUGGAAUAUAUAAACAACUUAAUUCACAUCAUGUGCUCCAAUAUCGACCAAAAAUUGGUCUUUUCAGAAUUUGCGAUAGAAAUAAUGAAAUUCAAUAACUACCAAUUCGUAUCAUUUAUGAUUGAAAUAUUGGAUCUCAUUCUCUCUGGAGCGCCAGUAUAUCAACCACUAAGAGAUAUACUUAGCAAGGAGAAGAAGGAGCCUGAAGAUAAGGAAUUUUUCACAACUCUGUUCAAUACUUGGUGAUUUAACCCUCUUUCAGCACUAAAUUUAUGCUUCCUUGCUAAGAAAUAUAAGCUUGCUUAUCACCUUUUGCUCUGAAUAGGAGAUAAUAUGACUUUUGAUAAGGAUAAGCUUAUCCAGUUGUGAAACAUAGUGCAACUAAUAGAGAGCCCUGCCUUUCUUGAGCUAAGAAUUGACUUGCUUGAUCCUGGAAAGAACUACUACUUAAUCAAAACUCUUCAAGGAAUACUCCUAAUGAUCCCAAUCAGCAAGGCCUUUAAUGCGUUAAAAACUAGGCUGGAAUGAGUUAAUCUGGACCCGAGGGCUUCUUUCGCAGUUGAAGCAAUGGAGAUCCAAGAAACAGAGAACCCUAAUGAGGAAGAUGAGAAGGAAAUACAAGAAUGCUUGACUAUGUUCAAAAAUUCCAUUGAUUUAGCAAAAGAUUCCAAUAAAAAGUCAGGAUAAUUAUUUCAAUCGCAAGGAUACUUUAC